CCCUGGAUGUGUGCGAAGUCGCGCGCAUUUCGCGCCGCUCGGUAUCAAUUCCUCACACGUUGCUUCGCGUCGCGUUGGAAAUCGGGAGGAAGAAUGUGUGCGCGGUGCAUGGGCGUUCGCGGAUUUUAGUUGAGUUUGCUCGCCGACUGGCCGCUCCGACGUCACGUGAAAUCGACACGUGCGGCCGUCGUCGUUAUCGCCGUCGUCGCUCGCGGAACCUCGAGCCUAAGAUUGCUUAAGAAGUCAUUCAACAUCAUGGACACCUUCCUCGGAGCAUUCCUUGUUGCGAACGUCCUCGCCGCUGGCAGCUGCUCCGACCUCAAUCUCGACCUAGGCACGGUCGUCUUCGCGAACCUUCUGUACAGACAUGGGGACAGGACUCCCAUUACGACUUACAAGAAUGAUCCUUAUAACAACGAGUCGUUCUGGCCGGUUCCAUAUGGAGAACUGACGAACAUUGGGAAGCUAGAACAUCUACAGCUUGGACGCUGGCUGAGGAAACGGUAUUUCAAUUUUUUAAGCGACGUUUAUUCGCCGUACGAGAUCUACGUCCAAAGUACUGACAUAGAUCGUACCCUGAUGUCGGCCGAGUCAAAUCUCGCUGGGCUCUAUCCGCCAGUAGGAAGUGAAGUGUGGGACGACAAGAUCCGGUGGUCGCCAAUCCCCGUGCACACCAUUCCGGCGAAACAGGACUACGUGUUGAAGGCGAGCAAGUACUGCCCGCGAUACCAGUACGAGCUUGAAAAGCUCUUAAGGUCGCCGGAAAUCGAACGUAUCAAGAUGGAGAACGCGGAUCUGUUCAUCUACUUGACUGAACACUCCGGGGACAAAAUUAAUUCGUUUAAAAUGCUCGAGCAUCUAUACGAUGUUUUAUAUAUCGAGUCAUUGUACAACAAAACUCUACCGCAGUGGACAAAAUCGGUGUUUCCAGAGAAAAUGAAACCUCUCGCUACAUUUAGUUUCAUGACAGAGGCCUACAACACGAUACUUAAAAGGUUAAAAACAGGUCCACUGCUUGGAGAAAUGAUAGAUCACAUGAGUAAGAAAAUGCAACACAUCUUACAACCUGACAGAAAGAUAUGGAUGUAUAGUGCUCAUGAUGAAACUAUCGCGAAUUUACUCAUGACUUUGAACAUAUUUGAGCCUCACUGUCCACCUUACGCUGCUAUAGUUCUCAUAGAAUUAAGAACAAACUCGAAAAACCAGUAUUUUGUAACAGUUUCUUAUAAAAAUACCACUGAAGAACCGAUAAUCCUAACGUUACCAGGUUGCACUACAUUAUGCCCUUUAAAUGAAUUUAUUAAUUUGACGAAAAAUGUUGUACCUGAAGAUUGGGAGAAAGAAUGUUUAAUGAAUGACAUAAGUUCAAAAAGUGACAUAAGUUCCAGCGAUGUAAUUGCUAUUUUGACAUCAUCCAUAUUAAUGCUAGUUUUAUUGGUUCUAAUAAUAAUCGGCUUCAUGUACUGGCGUCAUAAAAGAGAACACAGGCAGUAUUACUUUCGUCUAGCGUACAAUGGCUAUAACGAUGCUAUAUAAAGGGUAUUUAGUAAAAAUAAUAUGGUGUACAAUUUACAUACGUAUCAGAUACAUACGUAAAAGAUAAAAAAAAACAGGCUUUAAGCCUAUUACACGAGGAA